CCCCCCUUGGACCCACACCAUUCACCAUGUCCUCCAUCAACUUUGUCAGUGCAGACGAUAUCGAGGAAGCACGGAAGACCCGUGAGGACGAGUGGAAGAAGGCCUAUGAGAACAAAGAAAACCCGCCACCACUGAAGGAACCAGAGACGUAUGAUCCUCGCACGCUUUAUGAAAGAUUACAGGAGCAGAAGCAAAAGAAGGACGAUGCCUUUGCUGAGGCAACAAAACUCGGAAACCUCAUUCAUAGGCUCGACAAUGACGAAUUCGAUUUUCUGACCAACCUGGAACAGGAAGAGGCAAAGAAAAAGCGCGAGCUCGCAGAACAAGAGGAGGAGGCAUUGAAAGCAUUCCGCAUGAACGUUCAACUAAAGUCCGCACCACCACCAUCUCAACCAGCAUCACUCGUCUCGGUCAUACCUAAGCCCGAUAUUACAGCCUCUGCCUCUGGAUCGUCAUCCUCGCCAUCGUCGGGUCCCAAAAAGAGAAAGACAUCCUUGUUUGCUGGAUUGGUCAAACGUGAUGACUCUCCCUCUUCUACAUCGACGACAUCUUCAUCAAAACCAUCAGUAACAGGAAAUACCUCUACAGCAACUGGCAAGCGGAAAGCAGACGAUAAGAACGAGUCAUCAAAUAAAUCAAUGGCUGACAAAGAUCCAGAGAGCAAGCGGCCAAAAGUCGAUACGGCUGCAGCAAAACCAAAGCCCAAUGCGCUGCUCAGUCUAGUAGCAUACGAUUCGAGUAGCGACGACGAAGAAUAAAGCACCUUUUCGCAUACUUAUCAAAUGCCACAGGCAAUCACAGACCCAUUAACCAAUAUCAAUAUCCAUGAUAGCGACAACAACCAUAAUGGUAAAGUCAAUGUUAAAAAAUACAAGCGA